AAGAAAAUAUAAAAACAUUAAAAAUAAUUGCUACAAACUGAUUAUUAUUAUUAUUGUAGACAUCUUUGAUGACAUCAUCUUAACUGACUUCAUUUUAAAGCUGAUGCAUUUCUUGUUAAUUUCACGCUCUUUAAAAAAACGGUGGUGCUUUUCAGAAAGGAAAAGUGUGUGUGUGUGUGUGUGUCUGUCUGAAGAUGAGGAAAGUGACGAAGGCAGGAAGCAGUAGAGGAAAGGAGACAAGGAGACCAGCAGACAGUGUUGGUCCGCGGCAUGCUGUGUUCCUUCGACUCCGUUCACCUCCAUUCACACAGUAAAUAAAAGCAUGGAGGCUCAGACUCUCGGGAUCUAACACCGAACAGCGGGGGGUAAAGACACCGCCGCAUGCGCUCUACUUCUCGCCAAAAACACGCUGGAAGGAAGCGGUACAGCGGAGAAGGCUUUUCCAUAAGGAUUUGGACUGUUUUUUCCCACCGAGGGGAGGAUUAUAACGGGUGAAAGGAGCGGGGCAGCCCGCCGCGCUGAGCAUGAAGCGGUCGGCUGUAGUGGCCAGGCACAAUGGCCUCGUCUCUCCGCUGGGAAACAACAACUCUGGAGCUUCCAGCAUCGUUUCGCCGCCGCAGCCGAGAGCCGCCGGCAUCGCCGCCUGUGCGGAUAGCGGUGCCGGCGCUGGGAUGGACGGCCUGCUGGAUUUCUCCAAAGGCCCCAGUGUGAAAAGCGAACUGGUGUGCAAAUGGAUUGACCGAACUUCUUCGAGGCAGAGGCUGGGGAGGACGGCGACGUCCAUCUGCGACCAAACUUUCAGCUCCAUGCACGAGCUGGUGGACCACGUCACCACGGAGCAUGUAGCAGCGGGGCUGGAGAGCCUCAGUCACGUCUGCAUGUGGGACGAGUGUAUGCGCGGCGGGAAGGCUUUCAAAGCCAAAUAUAAACUCAUCAACCACAUCCGUGUGCACACCGGGGAGAAGCCCUUCUCCUGCGCCUUCCCCAACUGCGGCAAGAUGUUUGCACGGUCGGAGAACCUCAAGAUCCACACUCGCACACACACUGGUGAGAAACCAUUCCAGUGUGACUUCUGUGAGCGACGCUUCGCCAACAGCAGCGACCGGAAGAAACACUCGCAGGUCCACACCGCCUCCAAACCCUACGACUGCAAGGCCCUCGGCUGCACCAAGUCCUACACCCACCCCAGCUCCCUGCGCAAACACAUGAAGGUUCACAUCAAGUCCUCACCUACCUCUGAGCCCCAGGAUCCGUACGACUCCAUCUCUCACCAGCUUCAGCAACCUCAUCAGGCUCUCCUCGAGCCGCUGAACCUUAAAAUGAACCGCUACUCUCCGCCGCUCAUGGACAAUAACGCCGAAUUCCCGCUCCUGUCAAAUCACAAACUGGGUAUUAGUUCUGCCAGCGAGGUGGACCACAAGCUGCUGCUGAGGAGUUCGUCCCCGGCGGCGAUGCCUCUGGAUCUGUCUCUGUCGGGCCUGAAGAAUCAGCUGACCCAGAAGCAGCAGAGCAGCAGGACACCGCGGAGGGGCCAGCGCUCGGUCAACCCAGCCUUACCUCACUUGUCUAACAUUAAAGAGUGGUACGUCUGCACCAGGACUACAGCGCCACACUUUCCUCUGCUUCACCCGGACCACAUCAAAUCAGAACCUAGCGACGACGACGAGUACGUCACGUAAGGCAGGAAAUGA